GCAAAGAACUGUCAGAAAAAAAAUUACAACGAAACGUCGCGGAUUGUGCAAGUUUCUCGCGUUCGCGAGUUUUAUCGCUAAAUUCCGUUUCUUUUUACGGACGUUGAUUUGUGACCAUAAAGGAAGAAGCUCUGCUUAUCACCGAGAGGGCACGAGUGAUAACAGUGUGAACCGAGUGCAUUUGCAAUGAGCAAUGUGAGCCAUCUCAUUAAAUAAACAUAAUUCCUUCGCCGGAGGAAGAAGACCGCACAGCAAAGAAGCCCGUAAUCGUCCCACUUUUGCUUUGGAUUUUCGGGCAAUUGAAUUUAUCUCCUCGCGCUUGUAAGGCUUCCCGCAGAGUGUCGUCGCAUUAAUUAACCGGAAGUGGUUCGUUCCGCGGCAGCGCCAUGGAUGAAAUUGAUAACAUCAUUCUGCAUUCGCUGCGCCAGAUUGGAUGCACCCUCGACGAGGAGGUGACCAGUUUGGACGAGUUUAGUCCGACGCUGUUGGUUCAGGUCGUGUCCAAAUGUAUAACGUUGAUCGAUCCCAGCUUGGAUUUGCCCCGGACGCUGCCUCCCGGGAUGGCGCAAAGGUUUACGGCGACCGCUAGCUUGGCCGAGGCUUGCCGGAUUUUCGCAAGUCUUCUACCGUCGCCUUCUGCCGCUCGCAGUCCUCUUCCCGCGGCUCCCACUCGCCACACCCCGGUUCGACCGGAUUGUGCCAAAGUCGCGUCUCUUGCGGUGCAACGCCGGCACGGUCAGCGCCACCCGUUCGAAACGCUUCUUCUCACGUUCGGACAUCGUCCGCCAGACCUGGGCCCCCUGGCGGACCACGUCCACCUGGGACCGUAGCUCACAGUGAGUGCUCCGGUAGCGCCGCAGGAACAGAAGGUACGGAUUGCGGGACUUGCGGCCGCCCGAGCAGGCAGGUCGUGGAAUUUGCUGUCGCUGCGCUAGUUGGGCGUUGGACGGGGUUCGCUGAGCUGGGUUGCCAGAGGAGGUGGGAGGGGACACACAGUCGCGGCUUUCGAUGGCUUUGAGCA